ACCUAAGAUUAACCAAACGCCGGUGCUUUUGACUUUUAAGAUCAAACAUUUACUGUUUGAUUAUCAAAAAGAAGUUAACUCAGUACAACAAAGAUGGGCUACAAAAAAAUCCGGAGGUUCUACCAAUAACAAUCGAGACUCUCCUGGUAAAAGGCUGGGCGUAAAAAAGUUCGGAGGCGAAUACGUUGUUCCGGGAAAUAUCCUUGUUCGACAAAGAGGCACGAAAUUUCAUCCGGGCGAAAACGUAUACGUUGGAAGAGAUUGGACCUUACACGCAGCAGUGCCAGGAUAUGUUCAGUUUUACAACGACCCCGUCCGUAAAAAAAGGAGAUGCAUUGGAGUAGUGUUACACAAGGAUGAUAAAUUACCUUAUCCCCGAACCGAACCUAGGAAGCGUUUCUUUGAUUCGAUUGACCUUGUUGAAUACGAGGAUCAGAAAAAGAGAAAUAAAGAAAGGUUAUUGGCUAAAAAAGAAUCAGAACGUUCUCAAGGUUUGUUGUUACAUUUAUUGUCAUUAUUAACCAAUUAUUCGUCAUCAGGAAUAACUGCGAUUGAGUUCAAUACUCACAGUUUUUUAUUUUGUUUAAUGGAUAAUAGUUCAAAAGUACAAUAG